CAUUCAAAACUUUCAUCACUAUUUGAUUUGUAAUAGUCUCUCUCCGGAAGUAAAUAUAUAUAAAAGAUAUGGCGGAUAGUUCCCAAAAGAUGAGCUACCAAGCUGGAGAAGCCAAAGGUCAGGUGGAAGAGAAGGCGAGCAAUCUCAUGGACAACGCAAACAAUGCAGCUCAAUCGGCUAAAGAGACGAUACAGGAGGCAGGCCAACAGGUGAUGGCAAAGGCUCAAGGAGCAGCCGAAGCUAUCAAGGAUGCAACUGGCAUGAACAAAUAAAAGUUUAAGUGCUUGUUUGUUUGGAUUGACUUUCUAAUUUCUAAGUAUUUAGAACCGUCAAUUCAAACACACCUUAAUACUUUAUUUCGUUUUAUGAUUCUUUUUGUUAGUGAGUUGCUUUUUGUCAUAAGAGACUCCCUUUGUGGUGUGUUCGUCUCUGGAAAAUUAUUGUUUGAAGAGUUAAUAGUUCUUUCUCAUUAUAUUUAAUUCUAUAUAUUUAUAA